UCCUGACCUUCAAAACCACGGCCCUUCCCUCCAUUCACCCACCUCAUCCAUUUCCCUCCCGGACACGCCUCCAGAACUUUUGGGCCGGGUCGUCAAUUCGGUCGAUAUCAAACUAAACUUGGAGCUUUGGUACCAGUCGCGUCCUACGCGGUCUGUCUCGACGAGGAAAAAAAAGUCCUUUUCUGGCAGCAGCCGUACAUCUGGUAGAUGUCUGCCAUGAUGGAUUCCUCUCCCAGCAAAACCAAUGCUAGGACUGUCCAGAAUCCUGUACCUUCGACAGCAGGUGUAAAGAGACCAGCUCCCUCAUUAUUGCCCGCGUUCGAGCCCUCUUCGUCGCCCGGCUUCCCUCGACCUUCGAAGAGACAAACUCGUUCUUCCCCUUCUCAACGCGAACAUGCUUACCAGAAAUACCCUACACCGAUUCCUACCUCGACGACGGGUAUUUUGUCCUCUUCUCCACCUCAAAUUCACGUCCGACCCGGUCUGCAACGAACUCAAUCCUCGAUCUCGGAGCGUGCUCCGCUCUCCUCGGUACCCUCAGUCACUAUGCCCGAGAAUGGAGAAACCCUCAAGAUGGGCAGAUCCAGCAAUUCUUCCCACUACCAAUUAUCUGCCAAUCGACUUAUCUCCCGUGUACACAUCGAAGCAAGGUAUAUCGCCGCUUCAGUCCCUCUCGAGCCCAACAAAGUUGAAAUUAAGUGUAAAGGGUGGAAUGGAGUGAAGUUGCAUUGUCAGGGUCGGACAUGGGAAUUGGCCAAGGACGAUACUUUCACAUCGGAGACCGAGUUCGCAGAGAUCAUGUUGGAUGUACAGGACGCCCGUGUACGAAUCGAAUGGCCGAAUAGGGAACGUAAGGAGUCGGUGGACUCUUGGGAAGAUGAGAGCUCGCCGAAGGGUCGUCUGUCUGCAAUUAAUGCUCGUGGUCAGAUCAUUGAGUCUAGUCCUCUGCGACGUGGGCAGAGACUCGAAUCUCCUGUGUCUCCGACUCCAGCACGUCCUUCUCGAAAUUCUGGAGACUUGGCCCACUUGUUCUCUGAUGAUAUAGAGCCGAAUGUUGUCCAAGUGUAUGAAGACUCUCCCUCACCAAAGCGGAGGCCAGAUAUUGAGGACGGAGAAUCUUUCGUGUCGACACAAGCUGCUACCUCUUUCGCGCAACCUCCUAUUGAGAGUCCGACGAGUGAACUCAGCGAACCGGAGGACGACCCUGAUGAAGAGAAUGAUCCCAUUGUGCACUCCUUCGGUCCUUUCGGUGCUAACAUCUCCUCCCGCAUGGCAUCCUUCACCACCAUCGCGAGCCCAGAAAUCCCUCGACGUGAUCCAACACCCUCUCCCAAAGCCAGAUCCAGUUCCGAGUCCACCAACGAAGCAGAUGCUGUUCCCAUUGUGAACCAUGUCGUGAAUCAAUUGGCGUUCUCGCGUCUCUCCUCCACUCCUCUCUCAGUUAUCUUAAAUAACCUCCCAGCCGAAUUCCGGAACCCCAAUCCAACAGGCCAAGAGAACAAGGGACUUUCGAAAGAUGAUUUGCGCAGAAUGCUCAACGCGACAUCAUGUAUCGGAGAAAUACACCGUGAAGGAAAGGAUGCCGCCGGAAAGGCACUUGAGAGCGAGUACUACUACAUUCCCGACGAAGACCAAGACGAGCACCGAAGAGCAGCCGUCGUCGAUGGUCUGCGCAAACCCAGUCUCAGAAACUGCAGAAAGCAACACAAGCAAUACUACUGGAAACGACCUCGCACGCCUUGACGAACGGAAACGAAGCUGGUCGCUGUUAUGGAUAUGAACCCUGUUCGAAGCUGCGCGAGAAAGCACCUUGUUGUAUACGGCCGUGAUACCACUCUCUCCUCGAGAAGAAAAAAUCUUCCUGUUGUUCCAUACCUUUUUCAUACCCCAUGCAUAGCGAGGCGUAUGAUUAAAUUUCCUUUUUCAUCAUUGUUGGAUUUGCGCUCAAAGGAGGAGUAGGCGCUGUGGAUUAAAUGAAUAAAUCACCCAUCCAUCAUAUGGAUUCUUCGUCG